AUGUCUGUUUUAUUGUCGUUGCUGUUGUUAUGUGCAUCGUGCGAUUCACUAAGAAUUCUGCAAAUUGUGCCUGGUUUCACAAAUAGUCAUGUGUUGUUCAACUAUCGCUUGGCUGAGACUCUCACUGGUCUUGGUCACGAGGUGCAUAUGUGGACACAAAUGGAGAUGAAUAUGGUGAUUACUGCAAUUACAAAACCACCAAAAAACGUCACUGAAUUAAGGAUACCGAUACAAUUCUCGGAUACAAUGAAAGCUGAAGGAUUGAAGGUGUUUCAAACGAUGAUGUUCAACGACGCGAGCGCAUACGAUCUGUGGUGGACCGGUCAGGAAUUCAAGGAUAUGCGUAUUGAAGCGUGUCAGCAGAUGUUGAACAUUAGCGAACAGCAAACGCACUUUUUUGUGCAAAAACACUUCGAUCUCGCUAUCGGGCACUUUCAUGAUUUAUGUCCACUCGCAAUGGCCAAGAAAACUGGUAUUGAGAGAGUGGCCUGGAUAACGCACGGAACAUCGGUUUAUGAUUUCGCAGCCGUUCAAAUGGGUUUAAGAACCUAUCCGUCGUUUGUGCCACAUCCGUUGGCAGCGUCCGGUGAUCGAAUGAGAUUCUGGGAACGAUUAGUCAACGUUUUAUGGCAUUUGUCUACGGUCGACUUUGUGAAUCUACCGCAAAAUUUAUUGUACGAUGAAAAUCAUUUCUAUAAAACAUUGAUCUCAAAAGGUCAAGAUGACCUGUGGUCUCUUGCUCAGCAGGUACCAAUAUUAUUGAUCAAUGGUGAGGCGCAAUUGGACUUUCCACGUCCAUUUCCGCAAGGCAUCAGCUUUAUGGGCGAAAUUGGCCGUAAACCAAGUCAAAAUUCGGUCCUAAAUGAUGAUAUUAAAGGGAUUGUUGAUAGAGCUGAUAAAGGAAUCAUUAUCUUCUCGCUGGGAACCAAAAGCUUUCUGGAUGCGUUCGCAGAAUUUUCACGUUACACAAUCAUAUGGCGUUUGGAAAUGGACCUUCCGGAAGCGAAACGAUUUAAACAUAUUCACAUCUUGAGGUGGAUUCCACAAAAGGAUCUGAUGAGACACCCAAAAACACGAUUGCUAAUAGCGCAUGGCGGCUACAAUAGUUUGCUGGAAACGGCUCAAGCUGGUGUGCCAGCGAUUUUGAUGCCUUUAUUUGCGGAUCAAUUCAUCAACGCGAAACGAGCACAGCGCUUUGGAUUUGCGUUGACUCUGAACAAAUUGGAGUUAUCGCCCGACAUUGUUAAGAAGACUAUGCAGUCAAUAUUAACUAAUCCGAUAUAUGCUGAAAACGCGAAACGGUUAGCAUCAAUGCUAUCUGAUAAACCGUUCACGGAACCGUAUGCCGUAUUGUCGCAUCGUCUACGUUUAGCCGUAUCGCCGAGAGACUAUUUCAUGUUGAAAGCUGCACAAAAUUUAUCAUUUCUUCAAUAUCACUGUUUAGAUUUAGGUGCGAUUUUGUUGUGCAUUUUCAUUGUUGUUUACAAGCAAAAUUAG